GACACUUGAAUGCAGCAUGCGUCACAUGCUGAAAAAUUACAGUUCAUUUUUUUGCCCACAACUCAGGAGAAAUCUCCUGGGAUAAUUUUUACCACCUGAGAGUUUCUCCAUUAAUUAAAAGCUUUCUUACAAAACAACAAUAGAAUUAACUUGAAGGAUAUUGUCAGUGAUCCGCGCAGCAGCCAUUGAACCGAACAGCUGUGAUCCAGCAGACAUUCAAGCUGCUCCAUUACAAGAAAUCAGACACAUUUCCACACCAGAUUUUCAUGGAGGCUGUUUUGAACUGCAAACCAGAGGACUUGGAGGAUUACUACGGGUUACUGGGAUGUGAUGAAUUAUCGUCGAAUGAACAGAUUCUCAAUGAAUACAAGAUCAGAGCCUUGGCUUGUCACCCAGACAAACAUCUAGACAACCCGAGAGCAGUGGUAGACUUUCAAAAGCUACAAGAAGCCAAAGAGGUUUUAUGCAAUGAGGCCAAAAGAAAAAACUAUGACCUUUGGAAAAGAAGUGGAGUCACUAUUCCAUUCCGUGACUGGCAAGCCUUGAAUGACUCUGUAAAAACCUCAAUGCACUGGGCUGUGAGAAGUAAAAAGGAACCAAUGUUGGAGGCCCCAGAAGCAGAAACCCCAGUCACCUCUCAAGCAGAGGACCUUCACUGUGAGCAGGAAGCACCAGAGAUCCCCUCAUAUGAAGCCAUGCCAUCCUCAAGUGAUUACUGCCAUCGGCGUUUCCGCUGGGCUGCUGACUCACCAUCCAAUCUACUGCAGAAGUUCAGAAAUUAUGAGAUUUAAAUAUACCACCAAUUAAAUUUUGCUUCAAUGUUUGUGUCUUAUUGUUGUCACUUAUUCACUUUGGACCCUGAUAACUGUGGUGUCAAACUUAGUAAACAUGGUCUAGCUGUAACUUCAUAUACUUUCUUGCAUAAACUGGAGAUAUUAAGCUAAGCUGGAAGUGUGGAAUACAGUUUGACAGAUCAUAUGGAUAAUUUAUGUUGUUGUAAGUCUUGCUCAGUUUAUAUGUUCAUUAAUGCACAAUGGAGAGAUGAUCAAAGCUGAUACUGAGGUACCUGUAACGCUGUAAUGUGUACUUUCAUGUUGCUGUUCAUAAUAUUUGUUGGGAACAUAAAACUACUUAUGUGUAUCAUUUCAUGGUUUACAUUGUAAUGGAUGUCAUGUAAUAGCGAGUAUGAAAGUUAUUUAUUGUCAUAAAAAUGCCUAUCAAUAUGGAUCAUUAUUGACUUCUAUUCUUGCUUAAAUAGGAUAUCUAACCACCAGAGAGGCAUAAAAGGCAAUUGAUCAGGAUUGUGGAAACCAUGCUUUUACUUGUUUUCAGUGUAUUUCAACUUAAUUGUUAAUUAGGUUGAAUCCUACUGACCUGUACAGGUAUUGCUUUUUACCAUCAAGUCAUUCAAAAAAGUGUAAGUUGUCCAACAUUUCCUUGUUCAGCUGCAAACAUUUCACUUCAUUUAUCCAAGGCUGCUUGCUUUCUCUAGACAUAGACCUGACCUUAAGAGUCGCUAUGUAAUAUGUAGACUGACAGACUGAAUUAAAAUGGUCAGUCAGUUCAUUAAUGUUGGAAGAUUAUAUGCUGUGAUUAUCAAAUACCACACAGAACUUUGAAGCAUUUUGUUCUUUGAAGAACUGAGUGCGGAAAGAGCAGGGUAAGACUAUUAAUACCUCAUAAUUCACAGUUUAAAUUACAGUCAUGUUCAAUAAUUCCACAGAGGAUAUUCCUGAACCCAUGGUUACAAACAUGGUCCCAAAAUAUGAUCACAGCUGCACACAUUAAAAUAUGUAAUGAUGUUUAAGACAUUAGUAAUAGAAACAUUGUAGGUCUCAGUAACAUGAAUAUUAUAAACACCACAGGACAACGCUGUCAAGAUAUAAAACUAGACUGGAUAGAAAUACAGGGCACUUUAUUGCCAAAUGGUUUUGGGGGACAAUAAAUGAUAGCAAACAUGAUAGAAGAGACCUCCAAGUUUGAAUGUGAGAGCUUAAAGGACGACAUUUUUUUACAAGGUAUUUUCCAGUACUUUCUAUCAAAUACUCAUGAGGCCGCCACCGUGACCACUGAACCUAUGGUUGGCGAAUGCAACCAUAUUUGAGAGGGCACAGAUCUGCAAGCUGGUUAUGACCAUUAGUUUUCAUUAGUUUUACUUAAGACUGAGUUAUAAACAUGAAAUCCAAGUUAGCAGACAAAAUAAAUCAAAUAAAAAGCUAAUUUUAUUGAAGAAGGUUCUUGCAUUGAAUAGAGAUGUUUUAAGUGAGGGCUUUAGAAACGAAUGAAAAUACCUCACAUCACUAGCAAAUAAGAAUUUCUUCAAAUGAUUGUUUUACUCAUAAAAAAUGUGGGUUAAAACAAGACAAAUGAAAUACAGUCUCACAGACUAAUCCUUUCUCUUGCCAACUAAAGCUGCAAAAUAAUUAUAGCUGGAUUUGCUCCUAUACUGACUAUGAAUCAUAUAUUAUAAGUGUCUAAUAAGUGAAAAAAGCUUUCUUAAAUAAUUUGAAGGUUUGGUUGAUGUUUAAAGCACUGAAAUGAGUUGAAAUGUUGAAAUGUAGAUGAUAUAUUGAGCUGGAAGUGUCAGUCGAAGGGAAAUUAGUAAAUCUUUAUGAAGAGUGAUAGGAGUUAUUAUUAUUUGUUGUUGUUGUAGGAAUGUAUGUCAGAAAUGCAGGUUGUACACUUCAACAUACUGUAUGACAACAGAAAAUAGGCCAAGAGCAAUUACUGAAAACAGAUAAAGAGCUUUUCUAAUGAUUUAGUUACAUAUUUGAGGUAUGCAGUUCUGACUGUUGUUUUGUCCUGUGUUUUCAGCCAGAGGCAACACCUUGCGGUUUGCACAUUUUGCGAAGUGAGACAUUAAAACAGGUUCAAUUAACGGCAACAGAAGCCUACACAGUUAUGCACACGGUUCAAACUGGAAUCUCAAAACAUUAGCACAUUUACAUUCAACUAAGCUCGGAUAUUAUGACGCUUAUCAGUGGAUGAACUUUAGAAAAAUGUUGAAACACUGAGCAACAAAGUGCAGCUGCACUUCUUCGCCACUAGACGUCACCGGAGUUUCUGAUGACGUCAUCUGUGUCGAAGUUAAAAGCCCGAUGAGUGCAGAGAACAGUUGCCGGGUGCGGUGGCGCGCGCCUGUAAUCCAAGCUACCGGGAGGCUGAGGCUGGCGGAUCGUUUGAGCUCAGGAGCUCUGAGCUGCAGCGGACUAUGCCGAUCGGGUGUCCGCACUAAGUUCGGUAUCGAUAUGGUGCUCCUGGGGGAGCUCGGGACCACCAGGUCGUCUAAGGAGGGGUGCACCGGCCCAGGUCGGAAACGGAGCAGGUCAAAGCCCCCGUGCCGCUCAGUAGUGGGAUCGCGCCUGUGAAUAGACGCUGUAGUGCAGCCUGAGUAAUACAGCGGGACCCAGUCUUU